UUCAAGGACUGGAUCAUGAACAACUUUAUCCUCCUGGAAGAACAACUCAUCAAGAAAUCCCAACAAAAGAGAAGAACUUCUCCUUCGAACUUUAAAGUUCGAUUCUUUGUUUUAACCAAAACCAGCCUGGCGUAUUUUGAGGACCGUCAUGGGAAAAAGCGCACUUUGAAGGGCUCCAUUGAACUUUCCCGAAUCAAAUGUGUCGAGAUUGUGAAAAGUGACAUUAUCAUCCCAUGCCACUAUAAAUAUCCAUUUCAGGUUGUGCAUGACAACUACCUCCUGUAUGUGUUUGCUCCAGAUCGUGAGAGCCGGCAGCGCUGGGUGCUGGCCCUUAAAGAAGAAACCAGAAAUAACAACAGUUUGGUGCCCAAGUAUCAUCCUAAUUUCUGGAUGGACGGGAGAUGGAGAUGCUGUGCUCAACUGGAGAAGCUUGCUGUGGGCUGUGCCCAGUAUGAUCCCACCAAGAAUGCUUCAAAGAAGCCUCUUCCUCCUACUCCUGAAGACAACAGGCAGUUACUUCGAGAACCUGAAGAAACCUUGGUCAUUGCCUUGUAUGACUACCAAACGAAUGACCCACAGGAGCUCACGCUACAAAGCAAUGAGGAGUACUACCUGCUGGACAGUUCCGAGAUUCACUGGUGGAGAGUUCAGGACAGGAAUGGGCAUGAAGGAUACGUACCAAGCAGUUAUCUGGUGGAAAAGUCUCCAAAUAACCUGGAAACCUACGAGUGGUACAAUAAGAGUAUCAGCCGAGACAAAGCCGAGAAACUUCUUCUGGACACAGGCAAAGAAGGAGCCUUCAUGGUACGAGAUUCCAGGACUCCAGGGACAUACACUGUGUCUGUUUUCACCAAGGCCAUCGUAAGUGAGAACAACCCCUGUAUAAAGCACUAUCACAUCAAAGAAACAAAUGACAACCCCAAGCAAUAUUACGUGGCUGAAAAGUACGUGUUUGAUUCCAUCCCUCUCCUCGUCAAUUAUCACCAACACAAUGGAGGAGGCCUAGUCACUAGACUCCGGUAUCCAGUUAGUUCCUGGAGGCAGAAAGCCCCGGUCACGGCAGGGCUGAGAUAUGGGAAAUGGGUGAUUGAUCCCUCAGAGCUCACUUUUGUGCAGGAGAUUGGCAGCGGGCAGUUUGGGUUGGUGCAUCUUGGCUACUGGCUCAACAGGGACAAGGUGGCCAUCAAAACCAUUCAGGAAGGAGCUAUGUCAGAAGAGGACUUCGUCGAGGAGGCUGAAGUCAUGAUGAAACUCUCUCACCCCAAGCUGGUCCAGCUCUAUGGAGUGUGCCUGGAGCAAGCCCCCAUCUGCCUGGUGUUUGAGUUCAUGGAACACGGCUGCCUGUCAGAUUACCUGCGCAGCCAGCGGGGGCUCUUUGCUGCCGAGACCCUGCUGGGCAUGUGCCUGGACGUGUGUGAGGGCAUGGCCUACCUGGAAGAGGCGUGUGUCAUCCACAGAGACCUGGCUGCCCGGAAUUGUCUGGUUGGAGAAAACCAAGUCAUCAAGGUGUCCGACUUUGGGAUGACAAGGUUCGUCCUUGAUGACCAGUACACCAGUUCCUCAGGCACCAAAUUCCCGGUGAAGUGGGCGUCCCCGGAAGUCUUCUCUUUCAGUCGCUAUAGCAGCAAGUCGGACGUGUGGUCAUUUGGUGUGCUGAUGUGGGAAGUCUUCAGUGAAGGAAAAAUCCCGUAUGAAAACCGAAGCAACUCAGAAGUGGUGGAAGAUAUCACCACUGGAUUUCGGUUAUACAAGCCUCGACUGGCCUCCUCACAUAUCUACCAGAUCAUGAAUCAUUGCUGGAAAGAGAAACCAGAAGACCGGCCACCUUUCUCCAGACUCUUGAGUCAACUGGCUGAAAUUGCAGAAUCGGGACUUUAAAAGAGACUCAGUGCCAG